UCCCGGUCUCCACGGUGACGCUGACGUCAUCACCGCGCGCCGCUCUCCGUGCGCCAUCACGCCGCGACGCGUCUCCAUGGCGGCGGCGGGCAGCGGGUACCGCCGGGAGCGGGCCCUGGCGCUGCGGAACAGCAGCUCCGCCCUGUACAACAACCUGACCGUGCUGUGCCCCCCCGCGCGGCCCCCCCGGGCCUUCGGCGCCGUGCACGGCACCACGCUCAGCCUGCUGGGACCCGAGGGGCCCCCCCGGCAGCUGCCGGCGCGGGGGGGGGGCUCGGCCCUCAGCACCCCCCUGCUCACACAGGCCGCCUGGUGCGAGCUGCCAGCCCGGGUGCUCCUGGUCCUCACGUCCCAACGCGGUGUCCAGAUGUACGAGGCCGACGGCUCCACCCUGGUGUUCUGGCACGCGCUGGACGUCCCGGAGCACCCGGCAGCACACUCCGUGUUUGCCCGAGGCAUCUCCGCGGCCGGGGAGCGCUUCGUCUGCGUGGGGACGUCCUCCGGGGCCGUGCUGGUCUUUGACAUCCCCCCCAAAGGCACCAACGUGACCCUGAGCGAGGUCCUGGAGCAGCACCGGGAUCCCGUCACCGACAUCGCGGCCGAGCAGGGCCAGGCCCCGGAGGCAGCUGGGGAUCUGGUGACAGCUGACGACUCCGGGACCCUCUGCCUGUGGAGCACCGGGGAGGAGUUCACCCUGCUUGGAAGGAUCCCGGGAUCUGGCUGCACCUGCUCCUCGGUGACGCUGUGGAACGGGAUCGUGGCUGCGGGCUACGGGAACGGGCAGAUCCGGCUGUGGGAGGCAGGCACGGGGCAGCUCCGUGCCCAGGUGAGCGCCCACGCCCGCUGGAUCUACGCCCUGGACCUGGCACCGCUCACCGGAAAGCUGCUGUCGGGCGCAGAGGAUUCCUUUGUCCACGUCUGGAAGCUCAGCAGGGACCCGGACACGGGUGAUGUCGAGAUCCAGCACUGCCACGGCGAGUGCGUGACGGACACGCAGGUCUGCGGCGCCCGCUUCUGCGACCCCGCCGGGGACACCUUCGCUGUCACCGGCUACGACCUCAGCGAGAUCCUCUGCUACGGCCCGGCCUGAGCCGGGAGCGCCGGGAACGCUGGGAACAUCGGGAAUGUCGGGAACAUCGGGAACAUCAGGAACGCUGGGCCGAUCCAGCACCGCGGGCGAGGGGUGAGCACAGACCCCCCUCCACUCCGAGGGGAGGUGAGGGGGAGCUGGGCCGGAUCCCCCCGUGCCCAAAGCCCUCCCGAGGGCCGGAGCUGCUCUGGAGCCACCCCAUCGAGGGGAUCCCCGAGAUA